AUGUUCUGGCUCGACAGCCUCAACAUUGUUCUCGACAGGGCGUGGCGCCAUCGGGCCCUGUGGAAGGAGUUGGCCGGCUACGAAUCCGACUCGACCCUCGUGUUCCGCCGCAAGGAGGAUCUCUCCUCGUCCCAGGAGGUGGAACCGGGGCAGCAGAAGCUAUGGUACCGGGAGGUCCAGCGCGGCGGGGAAGUCCCGCUCACCGGGCUGCGUAAACCCGCGCCCGAGAAACCUGCAGAGGAAGAAGCGAUGUGGGGUGGGAACACGCGCGUGCAUAGACACAUCCAAACCUGGAAUCCCCCCCUGCGUCGAUCCCGCUCCGCCCCGUCUUACCCCCCGCUCUUCUCUCAGCUGAAGAGAACCUCGCCUUCCCGGGCCUUCAGUUCCCUUUCCCGGACCCCCGUGUCCCUGUCCUCGCUUAGAUCCCCGUCGUUCGAGGCCGAAGAGCAGGCCAGGGCCGAACGCGUCGAACGCGAAUACCGCGAACAGGUGCAGAAAAUGAAGGACGAUCUGGAGAACGCGGGACGGGAACCCGAACCGGAAAAUCUCGUCCGCGUCUCGAGCAAAGCCAUGUUUUCGUCGGCCGUCCAGGCGGGUCUCCAGCCCGACGACGUCGAUUCGGAAUCCAAGAGCCUCGAAGUCGAGGCCCGAUACUCCCCAAGAGGAGUGGAGAUGUACCCAAAUGUGAAACAGGCCGCAUCGAAGCCCGGCGCCGCAAAGAAAGACCGCCAGCGCAAAGACAACCCCGACGCGAAACGAAGAGCCCCCGUGAGGGAAACGAAAACGAGGAGAACGGUCGUGGAGUUGAAGGCGGAAGGACCUCGGAAAAGAGCCCGCUCCAGCUCGGCUUCCCGGUGUCCGGCCUGCAACCCCGACCUCGUGGGUGGCCCUCGGGGACCCUGCACCGAGAAACACCAUCUGUCGAGGAAGAAACGCCCCGUCGCGACCAAGAAGACCGAGGACAAGCCUCCACCGCGAUCCCGCGGGAUCAAGACGACCAAGUUCACGGCCAGCAUCAAGUCCGGAAGCGACGCGAAUCCUCCGGUCCCCCCACCGAGGAUGCAACGCCCGACGUCUCCGCGUCUUCUCCGUCGCGGAGCCUCGUCUCCCAAGAUUCUCCCCGACGGGAAGAUUCCCCCCGGACUCCAACCCCAAGAACAGACGAGCAGCGACCCCCCCCAAGAACAGACGAACAGCGACCCCCCCCCGAGAACAGACGAGCAUCGACCCACCCCGAUCAACAAGUCAGAGCCGAGCCUGACCGCGUACCUCACCGAACGACGACCCGUCUCGGACUCCAAGUUCCGCGACCGCGAUCCCCGCCCGUCCCGACGGAUCAUCGAUUCCCUGAAGAGCACCACGUUGCCCCGAACCGGUUCCUCGAUCGCCAACCGAGUCCUCUGCUUCGAAGAGUCCUACACCCCCAUACCCAAAUCCACGCUCUUGGUCCAUGCAGCCAAAGAUCAGAUCGCCCGGAAGGAAGAACGGGAACGGAGACGGUCUCGAGACAGUUCCCCUUCGGUGGAUUCUCAGGAAUACCAGCGAUACAUACUCGAACUCUUCCAUUCCACGCCCAAAUCCGACCGGUUUCUCAAGCUGAAGAAAUUCUACGCCAACUUGGAGAAGAUCGCUCGAAUCGAGAAGACCUGCAGCACUGCCGACCUCAUCCAGCUUUCGAGAGAGAACAUGAUCGACUUCGAAACGUGGAAACGCUUCCGAACCGUGGAACGGGCUCAGGACGAAUUGAAAGCACUUUACAAAGAACUGGACGAGGCACAGACUCAGAGGGAAUUCCAGUACAAGGCCAAAGACCAGAAGUCCCUGCGGUGGCACGGAGACGUCAGCCUCAGGCUGCGAGACUCCUCGAUGGAAGACCUCAAGGAGAAAUUCGCCACGAUGGAAUUCCGGCGAGCCACCGUGAAGAGGAGACACAGUCACUUGGACACUUACAAGCCGUUGCUUCGCAGCAACUCCGUGCUGGACCUGACCCACAAGUACGACAGCCUCGAGCGCAUGGCCAAACUCGAGAGCUACUGCGAGUACAGGCGCUUCUCCAACGAACAGCUGUACUACGAUUCCUGGCCGGCCUCGAUGAUCACCGUGAGCGCGAUGCGAGACGCUGAAAUUUCGGACUUGAGAGUCCGAGCCGCCUCCGAGCCCCAUCCGAUGUCCCAGAAGGAGUCGAACGUCUUGAGCAAGUCUUCCUCCAUCUCCUCCCCGAGGCACCUGGGGGACAAGGCCGCGACUCUCCCGGCGCCGACGAAGAAGCGCGACGAUCCGGCGUGCAAGGAGGCGAUUUCCGAGAGGGAAAAGCGGAACCUGUCGCGGAAACUCAGCGAAGAACUUCAGGAGAAAUUCCAGAAACGAGCCCAGAGACACUCGGAUCCCAGACCGGGAAUGCUGGAGACUCCGAGGACGAUGACGUCCUUCGCGUCGUCGGACGGUUCCGAUCAGAGUUUCCUCAGCCAGGACAAGUCCAACUUCGUGCUGGUCCUGAAGCCACCCGGAGACGGGAAGGAACCGAAUCUGUCCGACAUCGAGAGGAGCGUGGACAAAGUCAUCAACGGAGACCACAGCGAGAGUUCUUCGUCCGUGACUUCCGUGAGCACGGUCAUCAACCGAGACGUCUUCUCCAAGGUUCGCUACUACGAACGGAAGGCCUUCAAGGCCAGAAAGAACGCCGUCCCCAAGGUCAUCGGCCCCACCCACGGCGACGUUCGACGGCUGCGACAUUCCAUCGAGAUGAUCGCGGAGCGAGAGGCGGCCAGGACCCAGGACAUCUACGGCACCCUCCCCCGUGGCACCGGGGGAAGGAGUCCGGAGGGAAAGAAGCACGGGCAUUCCAAGUCCCUGGCGAGUCUCAACGAUCUCGACCGCGACAGCCCGCCGGCGAACGGUUCCGCCGACCGCCACACGCCUCCGGAGCUCCUGCCGAACUACGUGCCCGAACGAACCGUGUCCACCCUGGACCUCUCGGGCGAAGCGGCGGAAUACCCCGCCCCCUUCGCAAAAAUGCACGAGAAGGUGAAUCCGAUCGGCGACUCCAGCGUGUUCGACGGCGAGAGCGGGGGCCAUUCCCUGCCUCCCCUCGACGCGGAGUCCACCAAGUACUGGCGGACGUACCUGACCAAGGUGAAGGCCGGAGACGUCCGACGCCUCAAGGAGAAAUUGGAGUCUCGGAACGUCAUCUAUCCUUCGCCCGUGGAUUACCGGAGUCCGAGACACAGUCCGUCCUCGUCUCCCCAUCGCGAAAAAGCCGACGUUCACAGUCGAACCGGGCCCAUCGUGAUCCGCCGACACGAAACGGCCGACGUCGAUCGCCUCAAGUGGAAGUACGAGCACGAAGGCCGCGCUCGCGUGAGGUCGACGUGUAACCGGACGACGACUCUGAAUCGGUACGAUCGACCUUUCGUCCCGCGUACGAAGAUCAUCAGCAAGAUCGUGGCGCUCCAACGUAGCAAGUCCAAGAGCCCGCCCAGAGACGGAACCUGGGAACAAUAUCGGAAACGCAUCUUGGAGAAUCGCGUCCUGCGAGGCGGGCUUCGAGGCGGCAAGGUCGGCCAACUCCGAAGCAAGUUCGAAGCGUUUUAUCUCGCUCAGAACAAGGACAUCUCCCUGCUCGGGCACAUGUACACGUCCACCCCUGACCUCUGCGAACUCCGCGAGAUCCCGCAGUCCAUACGCCUCACGCGACCGUUCCGCGAAGACAUGUACCGAGCCGUACCGGCCCAGGUCACGGACCGCGAACCGAGCAACCGCCGCAACCCGGUCCAGAACGUCGUCGGCCCCCAAACUUACUCGACGUUCGACCCGGCCAAGCAUCGGCCCGUGAGCCGAUACGUUCCCAUCGAAUCCUAUUCCCCCCCGCUGAAGACCUCCACCCCCGUCCCCAUGUACCACACUCUCCCUCGUGCUAACACGACGCCGGUCCCCACGUACCGCACCGUUCCCAGGGCUAACUCGACCCCCGUCCCCACCUACCACACCGUUCCCCGGGCUAACUCGACCCCCGUCCCCAUGUACAACACCGUUCCCCGGGCUAACACAGGACGACGUCUCCCCUCUCCCGUCCAUCGUGAGCCCUUGAUCGGUCCCAUCCCCACCCCCAAGUCCCAAUCGUUCGGUAGCUUGCCUAGCGACUGCCGCCCGUUCGACAGAGCAGCCUCGCCGCACAAGUACAACGAAGGGCAGGUGAACAUCCACUACAGGACCCCGGUGCGUGCGCUGGAGAAGGAGUUCAUCCCCGAGGAUGAAUUGCGACGACGGCAGGCGUCCCAGAUGCGACGACUCUACGAGGAAGAGCGACACAGGAAGUUCCUGCAGGAGCUGCAGGACCAGGAGAUGCGACGACAUCAGGACUUCCUCUCGCCAACGCAGAAAACGCAGUUGAUCCCCCUGGACCGCUACGACAACCUGUUCGACGAUUCCCGGCCUCGUUCCCGGGACAGGGAUCGCCUCACCCCGGACUCGAAGACGAUCGGCAGAGCCCUUCACGACUUCAUCGCUCAGAGUUCCAGGUACGACGUCUGGGAGCUGAGCAUCCGGAAAGGAGACUUGGUGUACAUCCGACGCCAGGUGGACCCGAACUGGUACGAGGGAGAGCACAACGCCAUGCACGGCAUCUUCCCCGUCUCGUACGUCGAGCUCAUCCCCUACGACGAGGCGACGAGCGGGACGACUGCGAAGCGGGUCGCCGAGGGACAGGCCCGGGCGAGGUACCACUUCCAGGCUCACACGCCCUUGGAGCUUCCCCUCAUCAAAGGCGAGCUGGUGGCACUGACGCGGCGAGUGGACGCCAACUGGUGGGAGGGGAGGAUCGGGAGCAAGCGGGGGAUCUUCCCCGACUCGUACGUGGAGAUCCUCGUUCCCCCGGGCGUCGAGCGUCAUGGGACCUCGGUGACGAAGCCUGUGGCAUCACCGGCAGCCCACAGCCUCAUCAUGAACGGGAGUGUGGCCACACCGGCACCCGCGCCGCCCCCGAGCCAGAGGCCCAACGAUUACACCUACGCCCCGGCAGGACCUCGGCAGUCGGGUUACACCGGUUCCCCAUCGCGACAGUUGGGUUAUUCGACCGGUUCGGCUUACCGCACGGAUUCCGGGCCCGGAUCGACGUCUCCGAGCCGACAGCCGGGCGGCUACAUGCCUCGAUCGACGUCCCCGAUCCGACAACCGGGCGGUUACGUGCCGCGACCGACGUCCCCGACGCGACAACCGAGCGGCUACAUGCCACGACCGACGUCACCGACGCGACAACCGAGCGGUUAUGUGCCUCGCUCAGUGUCUCCACCCAGACAUUCGGGUCACGUUCCUCGCCCCGCGUCCCCAUCUCGAUACCACGGGAACGCACCGCGUUCGCGCACCACGACGUCCCGUACGUACGCCUACGCCCGAUCGUACGGACAGGAGCCCGGUCGACCCACGAUGCACGUCGAGGUCAACUCCGAGCCCGUCCCGUACCGUGCGCUCUACGACUACUUGCCGGUGAACGAAGACGAAUUGGAGCUCCGGGAAGGGGACGUGGUGUACGUGCUGGAGAAAUGCGAUGACGGAUGGUACGUCGGGACGUCUCAGCGCACGGGCCUCUUCGGCACCUUCCCCGGCAACUACGUACAAAGGCUCUGACUAAAGUAACGGCGACUCGAUCCACAUCCAGUGGAGCCCCCCCAGUGGAGCCCCCCCAAUGGAGCCCCCCCAAUGGAGCCCCCCCCCCGAGUCCC